AUGCUUGCAAAGUGUAUGAAAAAGGCGACAACUGUCUCGACCAUCGGACAAACCAUCUCGCAAAGAUAUGCUUCUUCGGGAGAAGUGAGUUUUUUUGGAAUUUGCAUAGAAGUACUGAUUCGACCAUGCUGAUUACGAUAAUAACGUAGAAACUGGGCAAAAACCGACGUGAGCACUUUUAUAGAGGGUUCAAAAAUAAAUAUGCGUUUUUAUUUUUGCUCUUUUCUCUUUAACGAGUGAAAAAAAAGUUAAUGUUGCUCAGCUGAGAAAGAUCGUCCAAGUUUUGAAAUUUUAUUCUACACCUCUAGUGGAUCUGAUCAUCUAGACCCAGAGGUGAAGAAUCAGUUCUAUAACAUAACUUGGAUGAUGUUCCUCAGCUGAGCAACAUUAACUUGUUUUUUUCACUCGUUAAAGAGAAAAGAGCAGAAAUGAAAACGCAUGUUUAUUUUUGAACCCUCUAUAAAAGUGGUUUUUUGACCAUUUUCAGUGUUAUUAUCGUAAUCGGAAUGGUUAAAUUACUAUUUUCCCCAACCCGGGACCUUUUUUCCCUCCAAAAACCAUCAAAAUAUUCCAGGUCCGUCGUGUUACCCUCAUCCCAGGAGACGGAAUCGGUCCAGAAAUCUCGGACUCUGUCCAAAAGAUUUUCGAAGCCGCAAACGCUCCAAUCGCUUGGGAUCCAGUCGAUGUCACUCCAGUCAAAGGACGUGACGGAAUUUUCCGAAUUCCAUCAAGAUGCAUCGAAUUGAUGCAUCAAAACAAAGUCGGUCUCAAAGGUCCACUCGAAACUCCAAUCGGAAAAGGACAUCGAUCAUUGAAUUUGGCUGUGAGAAAAGAGUUUGAUCUUUAUGCCAAUGUUCGUCCAUGUCGUUCUCUUGAAGGACACAAGACUUUGUAUGAUAAUGUCGAUGUUGUUACAAUUCGUGAGAAUACUGAAGGAGAGUAUUCUGGAAUUGAGCACGAGGUGAGCAAGGCUUUUGGGGUUUAGGGCCAAAAUUUCGGAAUCCUUGUUAAUUUUUGAUGGAAGUGUUGUGAAACUCAAAAAUUUGCUCAAAAGAAUUUAGAAUUUGAAUUUUGAAAAAUUUUAAAUAUAAAAUUUGAGCGAAAAUAACUUUUCAGAUAGAAAAUCUGGGUUUUAAACUAAGGUUUCGCUGAAAGAGGAAAUUUUUUCGUUCAUGGUGUCAAAACCUUUUUUUUAGCUUUUCUGAGUUAGGCUUCAGGAAUUCUCAUGAAAAUUAUGCCUUUUAUCUUCAUAGAACCACGUGAACUAUGACGUGGCAACUUAGAAAUGCUCAGAAUUAUAAUUUCCAAUUUUUUUACUCACAAAAAUUCAAUUAAAAUGCUCUGCGAGAUAAUAAUAGUAUGAAAUCCAAUCCAAAAUUCUUAAUUCUUUCUUGAAACAGUGGAUUUUCAAAGAAAAUAAUCUUCCAGAUCUUGAAUUCCACAGAAAAUCUAAAUUUUGGCCCAAAAAUAAUCCUAUUUUUGUCAAAAAAAACCAUUCAAACGUGAACUAUAACGUGGAAUUUUAGAAAUGCUGAGAAAAAUAAUUUUUAAUUUUUUUACUCACAAAAAUUCAAUUAAAAUGCUCUGAGAUAUCUUAAUAAUAUAAAAUCCAAUCCAAAAUUCUUAAUUUGCUUGAAGCAGUGGAUUUUCAAAGAAUAUCAUCUCCCAGAUCUUGAAAUCCACAAAAAAUCUAAAUUUUGGCCCAAAAAUAAUCCUAUCACUUCAUAAAACCAUGUGAACUAUGACGUGGCAAUUUAGAAAUGGGCAGAAUUUUAUUUUCAAUUUUUUUACUCACAAAAAUUCAAUUCAAGUGCUUGCCGAGAUGUUAAUAAUAUAAAAUCUCAUCUAAAAUUUUUCAUUAUUUCUUGAAACAGUGAUUUUUUCCAGCCUAUACUUUGUUUCAUUAAUUUUGCAAACUUUUCCUCUUAUAUGUUUGCACUAUCAUAUUUGCGUCACAUGAUUGUUCUUUGUAGUCUAUCUCUUUUUCAAUUUCAAAGAUCGAACAAAAAAUUUCUAUUAUUUAUUUUUAAAAUAAAAAUGUUUUCAGAUCGUCAGCGGAGUUGUUCAAUCAAUCAAAUUGAUCACUGAAACUGCUUCAAGAAAUGUUGCCAGUUUCGCUUUCGAAUAUGCUCGUCAAAAUGGACGCAAAUGUGUGACUGCUGUUCAUAAAGGUGAGUUAGGAGUUAGCUCAACUCUCCGUGGCCAUGGGCUGAAAAUCGUUGUCCUCACCUCAAUUUUCCAGCCAACAUCAUGAGAAUGUCCGACGGAUUAUUCUUGAGCAUUUGUCGUGAACAAGCCGCCCUCUACCCGGACAUCAAAUUCAAAGAAGCCUAUUUGGACACUGUUUGCUUGAACAUGGUCCAAGAUCCAGGACAAUACGAUGUGUUGGUGAUGCCAAAUUUGUACGGAGAUAUUUUGUCGGAUUUGUGCGCUGGACUUGUUGGUGGGCUUGGUGUUACUCCAUCUGGAAAUAUUGGAAAAGGAGCCGCCGUGUUUGAGUGAGUUGGGCUUUUUUUUGCUGUUUCAAAGUUUUUUGAUAUUCUAAAAUUAGUUUUCAAAUUAAUUGGUACGGUGCAUUAUCAACAAAAAAUAACCUCUUAUUUUUCUGAUUAAUUUUUCAGAAAUUUUAAAUUUGCGGAAAUAAAUUGUACAAAUUUUGUUCAUUUAAAAUUUCACUGUUUCAAGUUUCUAUGAUUUUCCAGAAUUAUUUUUCCAUCUAAUUCAUGUAUGAUAUGUGCGCUAUCAAAAAACAUUGAAAAAUUGACUGUUUCAAAGAAGAGUUUUGUGUUUAUGUUCAUAAUUUGGUUUUCCAAAAAUUUUGUGAAAAUUACAAAUUUCGAAUGCUCGAGAAUACAUUUUUCCCACGACUUCAUUUCCAAAAUUUCACUGUUUCGAAUUUCUCUGAUAUAUCAGAAUUAUUUUUCAAUCUCAUUGAAUAGUAUAUUCUCUUCUUAAUUAAAAAUAUUUCAAAAUAAUAUCUAAUUGAUUUAAUAAUUCAAAAAUUAAUUAUUUCAAUUUGAGAAGAUUUUCAUGAUUUCACUUUCUCGAAUUUAUCGCGCUCAACUGAAAUUUUGCAGAAAGUUUCAGAUUUUAUAAUGAUCGAGAAUAUUUCGUGUCAACAUUUUUCUCCCAAAAAUUGUUUCGAAUUUCUCUGAUAAUCCAAAAUUAUUUUUUUUUAUUCAUAUUCGUCAUCACUGUUCAAAUUUCACUGUUUCAAAAAAUGUUCUAUUUUUCACCAAAUUUUUUAAUGGACAAUCUCGCUAUUUUCAGAUAUUCACAAAACUUUUUAAUUUUUGUUGACUUUUUUCCAAAAAUUCACUGUCUCAAAUUAUUCAGAUAUUCCAAAAUAGUUUUACACAUGAUUAAUUGAACCGUUUUUAGUAUAAAUUUCAUUCCCUGAAUGUCACUGUUUCAAAUAUAUCUGAUACUUCAAAAUUACUGUAUUGAUUUUCUAUGAAUUUUCUCUCCGAUCUGAAAAAGAUUUCUGUAUUUUUCUAGAAAAUUUUACUGUUUCAAUAAAUUCUCAAUUUUUCGAAUAUAUGUGUCUCUCAGAUAUUUUCCAAAAAUUCACUGUUUCAAAUAUUUCUGAUAUUCGAAAAUUAAUUUUCAAUCUAAUUGGUAGCUUGCAUUAUCAAAGAAAUUAAAUUGAAAUUUUUACUGUUUCAAGAAUCCCUCAAUUCUAUGUUCGAAAAAAUAUUACGAUUCCAGAACAAUUCUUAACUAAAAAUAAAAUAUCUGCAAAAUACCAAUAACAAGAAUUUGCACCAUGUUCAUAAGCAAAAUCAAUCUUCCAGAUCCGUCCACGGAACCGCUCCAGAUAUCGCCGGUCAAGACAAAGCCAAUCCAACCGCUCUUCUCCUCUCCGCCGUCAUGAUGCUCCGUUAUAUGAAUCUUCCAAGCCACGCGUCUCGCAUCGAAAAAGCCGUGUUUGACGCAAUCGCCGAUGGUCGCGCAAAAACCGGUGAUCUCGGAGGCAGCGGAACAUGUUCAUCAUUCACAGCCGACGUGUGCGCAAGAGUCAAAGAUUUGGCCUAA